AUGGCCCGAGUGGAGUCCGCCGCUGCAUCCACGUUCCUCGAUCCUCAGGGAGGAGAGGAUGAGGAAAGCUAUGUGGGUUUGCUGGUAAGGGUGUCACUUCUGCUGCUCAGCAAGGAUUUCUCAUUUGAGAUCCAGCACUAUGGCAAUAAAAUACAUCAGCAUCUCUUGGAAUUCAGGCGUGAGGAGCUUAUCAGCACUAGUCUUAAUUUGAUAGUAGAGAUGGUUGUGUCCGCUAGUUCAAGUUCUGAUGGAAGCAUUCAUAGUAGCAGCAGUUGUGAUUUGCGAAUGGACUGUGAUGAGAGUGAAUUAGAAGUCCAGAGGCUCAUGGCAAUUGACAUAUCCGAUGACAACAUGGUUGACGGUGGUCCAGAGGGUGUUCAUCCACAUGUGUUGGCAUAUGGUCCUCAACUUAAGGGAUGCCUACUCCUUGCAGAACAUAAUAUUCUAUGUCAAGCAUUUAUUGCGAUAUCUUUUUCCAGGAACAGCGCGCACCAUAACAUCGAGCACAGUAGCACUAAUAUUUUUAUACUUAAACUUCUCAACAUGAUAUGGACCCAACCAGAGUGGGAAGAUAGUUUUCUCCAUACCGGUCGUGGUUUAUCAUGUCUACUUUCUGAUCAUUAUUUCUUGAACUCGGUUUGUUGGGUCAUAAAGUCAUGUGAGGAUGCCCUCAAAGAAAUCAUAGGAGAAGAAAUUACUGUGAGGCAGCAAUCUUAUGAUACCUAUUUUGCUUCCCUUCUACGCUUGAUCCUUCCUCUAUUGUUGCAGUUCCUUCGGUGCAUCCACAAUCUCUGGAAAGAUCAAAUUGCUUGCAAUCUGUCUGAAGAACUUGAAAGCGCUAAAAUGCUGAUGAUUGGUGAGGAAGGUUUUGAACAGAAUGAGACAGGGGAAUUAUUGGAGGAAAUCCGAGAGCGUGGGUACAAGGUCAUUGGUCUAUGCAUGUCUCUUGAAGGAGCAUUUGUUGGCCUUUUGGAUAAAUCCUCCUUUUGUGUUGCUUUUGAGGAUUUAGAGACUAUGGAGUUUAGGCAUUUAAGCAAACUUAUCGAUGCUGUUUUCCUUCCAUUGGUUAGAAAUUGUCCUAUUGAAUUAUGGAAAGAAUGGAUGUUGGACCUCUUGCGACCUUUGCUUAGACACUGUGAGAGUGUACUUUAUGCUGCUUGGUUCAGUCUUAUGCACAAUGGUCGAGCUAAAGUUCCUUAUUACUUUGUCAAACUUACUGAAUCAGCAGAAGAUGUUGAGGAAUUGGAGCGUUCUCAACUGCUUGACUUCACCCGUGUAGUUUGCCAUUUGUUUGGAAAUCUAUCCAGUCCAGAAUCAAACAGUGGCAUUUUUCAUGGGUGUUUUGAAGAUGCCAGUGAUAGCAGGAUAACUGCUUUCAAGGAUCUGGAAUCAGUAUCUUCAAGUUCUCUUAUUGGGUAUCUUUUGGUUCAUGAUUGUUUUGGGAGGUUACGGAUGAGCUUAUUUGGGUAUUGGGCCGAUGAUGAAGCAUCCAGAAAUGCUGUUCCCUUUUGCCUUGCUUUGGUAUGGCUUGCUGGUGUCACCAAAGAUCAAAGACUUAAGCUAUUUGUUUUAGAUGAACUGCUUCCGUCGCUGAUUCAGCGUCUAGAUGAUCAGCUUCCGUGUGCAAUUAGACGUCUUUUUUGCAAGUUGAACCCAGAUAUAAGUGUUAGUGUUAACGAGGAUCUUAUCGUACUCUGUCGCGAAUCAUAUGAUUAUUUGUCAAGCAAUGUCCAUGCAGAAUGCCAGAACAUAGAGGGGGGAGAUAAGGGCAUAGGCAAUGCUGCAGAUAACUUCAUGUGUUGGUUGGCACAGCAAAAGAUAGAUUUACGUGCAAGGGCACAUCUUGCUGUGCCAAAUGAAUUUAAUAAGCAGAAAACAGAAUGGAAUUGGGAGUUUGAAGAUGAAUUUAGAAGAUAUCUUCCAAUUUAUAUUGAUAUGUUGAAGGAAGUAGAUGCAAUACUCGGCAGUUCAAAGGUUGAUUAUUCUGAUUGGGAAUUUCUUGAGAAACUGAAUCCUGAGUUUAGAUCCAAGCUUGCCAUUAACAGCAUUGAGCAUCAUCAUUUCAUUACCAUCUCAAAAAUGCGAAGACGAAAGUAUUACUCGAUGACUCAAGUCAGAAAUCACAAAGAAAUGGCUGUGUUCCUUCGCCAAAUCAUUACUCUCAAACCAUAUAUUAAGGGUUCCGACCGUUUUAGUAGUGUGAUUAAUCGUCUUGAAAAUAUUGAGACACCAUUCAGUCGUUUUUACUCCUAUGAUGUGGAACGGUCUGUUCGUGUCCUACUUGAUUCAGUAUUGUAUUUCUGGGAACCUCAGUUUCAUCCUCUAAUCCGUGAAGAACAUAAAGAGUUUCUUUUAUGGAUAAUUGAGCAAUUAACUAUGGGUAAAGAAUUUGAUGAUUUUCAGCCACUGACACCAGACCCGAGAGACUUCCCGACACAUUUGAAACCAUAUGCCAUACAAUAUAUUUUGAUGAAGCUUAAAACUUCUGAGUAUGCAACGGCUGAAGUGCAACUCCGCUUGCAUCAAGAAUAUGAUGACUAUUUGGCUUCAGGGGAAAAUUUGUUUGGGGUAGAUGUAGACAGUUGUGCAGUGACUCAGAAGUUCUCAAAUUUGGACCAUGGUCUUAAAGAAUUGUCUCUCAAGGUGCCAACAAUAUUCCUUUGGGUAUUUGUUUUUGGUCAAUUUAUUCCUUAA